CCAGGCUUGAGCUGCCUCUUGUACUCUUGCGCAGCGACAGACGCAAGGAGCGGGCGCAGGAGGGAGGACAGUGAUCGGUCGCAGCGGUGCGAGUGCGAAAUCGCAUCCAUUCGAGUCAUGCUGCACCGUGCAACACUUUGGCUGCUGACAUGCACAGCAGCAGCAGCAGCGCUGACGCCGCUGCAGGACGCACGCCUCCGUAGCGGUUGCGAGGCGCGCAAUGCUUUUGCCGCAGAGAUAGCACGUCCCAAACCUGACGACCUCGCAAUCGCUAUAGCAAUCGCGGCCGAAGAGAAGCCAGACGAGCCGCUCUCCGCUUGUGAAAAACGAGUCACCGAGGCGCUGGACGAGCUGGCUGCCCGAGCGACGACGCGCGCACGCCUUGAGCUGAUGCUCGGGGACCGCAGCGGUGCGGCGGUCGUGGCGCGCGCUGUCGGUGCUGCGAUGUUCGGCGAUCAGGGCCUGCCCGAGGAGAACAAUACAAAAAUUGAAUUCUUCGCGGGAGACGUCGACGACUACUACAAUCCAGCCAACUCGCUCAUCGACGAAGUCAUUCGGAGACGCCGAGGCAUCCCGAUCACGAUGAGCUUGGUUUUUGCGAGAGCUUGUGCCGCCGCGGGCACACCGUUCUCUCUGCUCAACACGCCGAUGCAUGUUCUAGUAGCUCCGGACGACACUUCCGAGACCUUUGUGGUGGACGCGUUCGGGGGCGGAAACGUGCUUGAGAACGCGCGGUCGCAGCUGACCGAUGUUUCCCCUCUCGAGGGUCUCUCGCUGGCAGCGCGGAUGCUGAGGAAUCUGCGGAUGAUUUAUGAGAAAGGAGAGGACCCAGCCCGACUCCUAGGUGUCGUGGAACGCACGCUCUUGGUGGCCGAGCAAGACGUGGAGAUCUGUGUGGAAAUCAAAUUUACGGCGCGCGUUCGUCCUGAAUCGCCGCGUCGACCUCCACGCCAUCGACGCGACGCCUGCUCGAUAGCGUGGCGGUGUCGGUUCCUCACCGCUCGACGGAGCCAGCGCGGCCACGUCGUCGCCGAGAAAUGACUAGACUAGUGAAGAAUUUUCGGGUGCACCCGACGCACUGGUUGAUUUCCACAGAUCGAGAUGAAGGCAGUGCCCGAACGGGAAAGAGCUCACUGCCGGGCGACGGUGGGCGUUUGUUUGCUGGCCCUGCGCGACGACGACCGGAGGGACGAAUGCCUCGGAUUGCUUCGCGCGGCGAAGCAGGAGUUCGGGGAAGGAGGGAAGUUCUUUCGGAUGCUGUUGGCGGACCCGUUCCUGAACUAGAUAAGACUUGUG